CGGCACAUGGCUCUCUAGUUCUCGCCAUCUGCACUUACCUCUAUUCAACGAGGUCUUGGGAUACCCAAGCUAGCUUUUCAUACAUAAACUUGCUCGCCUACCUCUCUUUCAUAGGAGCUACUAAACGCAUAAGCAAUACCCUGCUCUGACGUGCCAUGUCCGCCCCACACCCUACGUUCUACCUCUGCAUCGAUUGCGGCGGAACCAAGACUGCUGCCGCCCUCGCCAACCCCAGUGGGGAAAUCGUCGCUCGAGCUCUAGGUGGACCGUCCAAUUUCGCCUAUGUUGGCCUCGACGCUUUUCUCAUCGCCAUCUCCACCGCCGUCAACACCGCACUCUCCCACGCCCUCCCCCAUCUUUCAACUACAACGACGACGACCUCUUCUGCACCAUCCGGAGGCCUGAUAGGUGCGGGUACUUAUACCAUCGCCGCAGCAUGGCUCGGCGUCUCAGGAGUCGACUCCCCCGCCAGUAUCGCCCAACUCACGCCAGCCAUCUCAAAGCUCCUGAACAUCCCUGCCGGCCCUCGUCUCGCUAUAACGAAUGACGUUCAACUACUCGCGGCACCGCUAGCCACCCUUCCCGAUGUCCAUAGUGCCGUCGCAGUCAUCGGCGGCACUGGCAGCAUCAUCGUCAGCUUUCGCGAAUCCUCCAAGCUCACCGCCGUCGAUCUGUCAGAGUCCCAGUCUGGUAGUGGAGAGCCCUUACAAGAAAUAGCUCGCGUCGGAGGAUGGGGUUGGAUCCUCGGUGAUGCAGGUGGAGGGUUCGACGUCGGACGUACCGCGAUCCAAUACCUCUUGAAAGAGCGAGACGAACAAUCCGCCGGUCUACACCCCAUCCCUUCCACCCCCGGACCUCUUCUCUCGAGCGUAUUGCAGCGGUUCAAGAUCAACGAUCUGCUGGAGAUAUUGGGAGCGGUGCAUGUUGCGGACCCCGUGUCUGUUGCGCCGGAUGGCGGAGAGGCAGAGUACGAUUAUACGGCCUAUCCGAGAGAGAAGAGGUUAUCCGCCCUCUCGCCGCUUGUGUUCAAAGCGGCGUACGAGGACGGAGAUCCGUUGGCGAUGGAGAUAUUGAAGGAUUGUGCGGGGAAGUUGGCCGCUCAGAUCGACACGGUGUUGAGUCGUCCGGAUGCUACUGAACCAGAGGCUCGUCGCGUGCCCGCGUCCACAUCCGUCGUCAGUUUCGGAGGAUCCUUGGUCUCGCUGGAGUCUUACCGCACACUAGUCCUCGACCAGCUGAAGGAAGUGGGCCACGUGUUCAGACACGUCGAGGUCGUCAACGAUCCAUCCUCUGCUGGUGUGAAAGGUCUCGUUGCGACAUGGGAGAAAGCGUGAGGGGAAAAAGUCGGGUGUGCAAUGUACUGUGCUUUAUCUGUUGUAAUCUUCAUAGAGUACGUUAUUGGGGGAUUGAUUGGGUACAUGAAAGGAAAAUGC